ACAUGUAAAACUUUUUUUAACUCUCUUAGAACCACAACUAUGGCAGAAGAGAAGCACCAUCACCUAUUCCGCUCCAACAACAAAGGCGAGCAAGUUGUUUAUUACAAGGAGGAGAAGUAUCAAAAGCAUCUUGACCAUCUGGGCAAACUAAAUGCUGGUGUUGCUAGCAAUUACGCCUUGAUUAAAAAGGAGCUAGUUGCAACAACAGCAGUAGUACCUAGGGGAUUUGCCAACCAAGAGUAUCGGGAGAACAAAGAAGUCAAGAAUGAGGAAGAAGAAGUGAAUGGAAAGAAGCACCACCACCUCUUCUACCACCACAGGGGAAAAAAGGAAGCUAUUGACUACAAGGAAGACGAGAAGCACCGUAAGCAUCUUGAGCGAUUCGGUAAACUAGGUGUCGAUGUUGUUGGUGCUUACGCCAUGCAUGAUGAGUAUGGGGAGCAAAAAGACUUAGAUCAUGCCCACAUCCACAAGGUAAAAGCGGAAAUAGGUGCAACUCCUACAUUAGGAGUCGAGGGAUUUACCUUCCAUGAGUAUCAUGAGAACAAACAAGCCAAGCAAGAGGAUGAAGAAGCAUAUGGAAAGAAGAAGCACCACCACCCCUUUUAUCAUCACAAGAAAAGCGGUGAAGCUAUUGACUACAAGAAGCCGGAGGAGCACCACAACCAUCUUGAGCAUUUUGCUCAAGUAGGUGUCGGUGUUUCUGGUGCUUGUGACUUGCAGGAGAAGUACAAGAUAAAGAAAGACUUGGAUCAUGUCCACAUCCAUAAGAUAAAAACACAAAUAGGUGCAGUGGCUGUGGUAGGAGCUGAGGAAUUUACCUUCCACGAGCAUCAUGAGAAGAAGAUAUCGAAAGAAAGCGAGGAAGCUAUCGACUACAAGGAAGGGAAGCACCGUAAGCAUCUUGAGCACGUGGAUAAACUAGGUGUUAUUGUUGUUGGCGCUAAUACCUUGCAUGAGGAAAAGAAAGACUUACAGCAUCUCUACAAUCAAAAGGUGAAAGCAGAGAUAGCUGCAGCAACUACAGUAGGAGCCGAGAGACUUGCCUUUUAUGAGCAUCAUGAGAAAAAAGAAGCUAACAAAGAGGAAAUAUUGCAUGGAAAGAUGCAUUACCUUCACUUUUAUCAUCAAAAGGAAGGCGGGAAUGUUGUUGAUUACAAGGAGAAGCACCGCAAGCAUUUUGAGAACUUCGGCGGGCUUGAUGCUAUUACUGCUGGCGCUUACGCCUUGUAUGAUAAGCCCGAGGAAAUGAAAGAUGUAGAGCAUGUCCACAACCAUAGGAUAAAAGAGGAGACAACUACAGCUACUGCGAUAGAAGCUGAGAGAUUUGCCUUCCAUGAGCAUCAUGAGCAAAAAGAAGCUAACAAAGAAGAUGAAGAAGCAAAUGGAAAGAAGCACCACCACUACUUUUACCACCAUAAGGAAAAUAUCAAAGCUUUUGACUUUAAGGAGGAGGAUAAGUGCUACAACCAUCCUAAGCACUUGGGUAAACUGGGAGCUGGUGUUGCUGGUGCUUAUUACAUGCAUGGGAAGCAUGAAGAACAUAAAGACUUAAAGCAUGCCCACAACCAUGAGGUUAAAGUAGAGGUAGCUGUAGCAGGUGCUGUAGAAGCGGAGAGAUUUGCCUUCCAUGAGGAUAAUGAGAAAAAAGAAGCCAAGAAAGAGGAUGAAGUGCAUAGAGAAGAGAAUUAUCACUACUUUUACCACCACAAGGAAGGUGAGGAUGUUGUUAAUAACAUGGAGGAGGAGAAGCAACACAAGUAUUUUGAGCACUUGGAUGAGCUCGGUGUUGUAGCUGGCGCUUAUACCUUGAAGGACAAGGAAAAGAAAGACUUAGAGCAUACCCAAAAUCACAUGGUGAAAGUAGAUGCUGCUGCAGUAGGAGCUGAGAGAUUUGCCUUUGAUGAGAAAAAAGAAACCAAGAAAGAGGAAGUAGUUCGUGGAAAUAAGCAAUAUCACCACUUUUAUCAUCACAAGGAAGGAAGGAGUGUUGCUGAUUAUAAGGAGGAGAAGCACCACAGGCAUUUUGAGAACUUGGGCAAGCUUGAUGCUAUUACUGUUGACACUUAUGCCUUGCAUGAUAAGCACGAGGAGAGGAAACAAUCAGAGCAUGCCCACCUUAAGAUAAAAGAGAAGAUAACUACAACAAAUAUAGUAGGAGCUGAGGGUAAUGCCUCACAUGAGCGUCAUGAUAAUAAGGAAUUUAAGAAAGAGGAUGAAGAAGCGCAUGGAAAGAAACACCACCACCUUUUUUACCACCACAAGGUGGAGGAUAAGCAUCAUAAUUAUUCUGAGCACUUGGGUGAACUGGGAAAUGGUGCUGCUAGUGCUUAUUCAUUGCAUGGAAAGCAUGAGGAAAAUAAAGACUUAGAGCAUACCAACAACCAUAACGUAAAAGUGGAGAUAGUUGCAGUAAGUGCAGUAGGAGCCGAAGGACUUGCCCUCCAUGAGCAUCAUGAAAAAAAAGGAGCCAAGAAAGAGGAUGAAGCAUACGGAGAAAAGAGCUAUCACCACUUUUACCACCACAAGGAAGGCGAGGAUGUUGUUGAUUACGAGGAGGAGAAGCAGCACAAAUAUGUUGAGCACUUGGAUGAGUUGGGUGUUGCUGCCGCUGGGGCUUAUGUGUUGCAUGAGAAGUAUGAGGAAAAGAAAGACUUAGAGCAUGCCCAUAGUCACAAGGUAAAAGCGGAGAUAGUUACAUCAGCUGUUGUGGGAGAUGAGAGAUUUGUCUUUCAUGAGCAUCAUAAUAAAAAUGAAGCUAAGAAAGUGGAUGAAGUUGUGCAUGGAAAGAAGCAGUACAAAGACUUUCAGAACUUGGAUGGGCGAGAUGUUGUUGUUGCUAGCGCUGACAAUUUGCAUGAGAAGCACGAGGAAAAUAAAGACUCAGAGAAUGCAUGCAACUACAUGAUAAAAAAAGAGCUAGCUACAGCAGCUAUAGUAGGAGUUGAGGGAUUUGCCUUACAUGAGGAUCUUAAGAAGAAAGAAUUUAAGAAAGAGGAUGAAGAAGCAUAUGGAAAGAAGUACUACCACAAGGAAAAUGAAGAAGCUAUUGGCUACAAAGAAGAGGAGAAGCACCACGAUCAUCUUGAGCAUUUGAGUAAACUUGGUGUUGGUGUUGCGGGCACGUAUGACAUGCAAAAUAAGCACGAUAAAAAGAAAGACUCAGAGCAUAACUACAAGUAUAAGAUAAAAGAUGAAAUAGUUACAGCAACUGCAGUAGGAGCUGAAGGUUUUGCCUUCCAAGAGCAUCAUGAGAAAAAAAAAGUAAAGAAAGAAAACGAAGGAGCUAGCUACAACAACUACAUGACUAAAAAAGAGCAAGCUACAACAGCUAUAUUAGGAGUUGACGGAUUUGCCUUCUAUGAGGAUCAUAAAAAGAAAGAAGUCAAGAAAGAGGAUGAAGCAUAUGGAAAGCACUACCACAAGAAAAGCGAAGAAGCUAUUGACUACAAAGAAAAGGAGAUGCACUACGAUCAUCUUGAGCACUUGAGUAAAAUUGGUGUUGGUGUUUCUGGCACUUAUGUCAUGCAUGAUAAGCACAAGGAAAAGAACAACUCAGAGCAUGCCUACAACUAUAAGAUAAAAGAGGAGAUAGUUACAGCAGCUGCGGUAGGAGCUGAAGGAUUUGCCUUUCAAGAGCAUCAUGAGAAAAAAGAAGUAAAGAAAGAAAAUGAAGGAGCUAGCUACAACAGCUACAAGAUAAAAAAAGAGCUAGCUACAGCAACUAUAGUAAGAAUUGAGGAAGUUGCCUUCCAUGAGGAUUAUGAGAAGAAAGAAGUCGAGAAAGAGGAUGAAGAAGCAUAUGGAAAGAAGUGCUACCAUAAUGAAAACGAAGAAGCUAUUGGCUACAAAGAAGAGGAAAAGCACCAUGAUCAUCUUGAGCACUUGAGUAAACUUAGUGUUGGUGCUGUCGCCACUUAUGCCAUGCACGAGGAAAAGAAAGACUCAAAGCAUGCCUACAACUACAAAAUAAAAGAGGAGAUAGUUACAGCAGCUGCGAUAGGAGCUGAGGGAUCUGUCUUCCAAGAGCAUCAUGAGAAAAAUGAAGAAAAGAAAGAGAAUGAAGAAGAUAGCCACGAUAGCUACAUGAUAAAAAAAGAGCUAGCUACAGUAGGAAUUGAUGGAUUUUCCUUCGAUGAGGAUCUUGAGAAAAAAGAAGUCAACAAAAAGGAUGAAGAAGCGUAUGGAAAGAAGUAUUAUCCAAAGGAAAGCGAAGAAGCUAUUGGCUGCAAAGAAGAGGAGAUGCACCACGAUCAACUUGAGCACUUGAGUGAACUUGGUGUUGGUGUUGUUGGAACUUAUGCCGUGGAUAAGCACGGGGAAAAGAACAACUCAGAGCAUGCCUACAACUAUAAGAUAGAAGAGGAGAUAGUUACAGCAACUAUGACGGGAGCUGAAGGAUUUUCCUUCCAAGAGCAUCAUGAUAAAAAAGAAGUAAAGAAAGAAAAUGAAGGAGCCAACUAUAACAACUACAUGAUAAAAAAAGAUCAAGCUACAACAACUAUAGUAGGAGUUGAGGGAUUUGCCUUUCAUGAGGAUCAUGAGAAGAAAGAAGACAAGAAAGAGGAUGAAGCAGCAAAUGGAAAGAAGCACUACCAUAAAGAAAGCAAAGAAGCUAUUGGCUAUAAACAAGAAAAGGUGCACCGUGAUCAUCUUGAGCACUUGAGUAAACUUAGUGUUGGUGUUGCUGACACUUAUGCCAUGCAUUAUAAGAACGAGGAAAAGAAAGACUCCGAGCAUGCCUACAACUACAAGAUAAAAGAGGAGAUAGCUACAGCAGUUGCGAUAGGAGUUGAGGGAUCUGCCUUCCAAGAGCAUCAUGAGAAAAAAGAAAUAAAGAAAGAGAUUGAAGGAGCUAGCUAUAAAACCAACAUGAUAAAAACAGAGCAAGCUACAAUAGGAGUUGUGGGAUUUGCCUUCCAUGAGGAUCUUGAGAAGAAAGAACUUAAGAAAGAGAAUGAAGAAGUAUAUGGAAAGAACCACUAUCACAAGGAAAGCGAAAAAGCUAUUGGCUGCAAAGAAGAGGAGAUGCACCAUGAUCAUCUUGAGUACUUGAGUAUUCCUGGAGUUGCUGUUGCUGGCGCUUCUGCAAUGCAGGAUAAGCACGAGGAACAGAACGACUCAGAGCAUGCCUACAACUAUAAGAUAGAAGAGCAAAUAGUUACAGCAACUAUGACAGGAGCUAAAGGAUUUUCCUUCCAAGAGCAGCAUGAGAAAAAAGAAGUAAAGAAAGAAAAUGAAGGAGCUAGCUAUAAUAACUACAUAAUAAAAAAAGAAUUAGCUAUAGCAACCAUAAUAGGAGUUGAGGGAUUUGCCUUUCAUGAGGAUCAUGAGAAGAAAGAGAAUAAGAAAGAAGAUGAAGAAGCAAAUGGAAAGAAGCACUGCCAUAAGGAAAGCGAAGAAGCUAUUGGCUAUAAAGAAGAAAAGAUGAACCUCGAUCAUCUUGAGCACUUGAGUAAACUUAGUCAUGAUAAGAACGAGAAAAAGAAAGACUCCGAGCAUGCCUACAACUACAAGAUAAAAGAGGAGAUAGUUACAGCAGCUACGGUAGGAGUUGAGGGAUCUGUCUUACAAGAGCAUUAUGAGAAAAAAGAAGUGAAGAAAGAGAUUGAAAGAGCCAUCUACAACACCAACAUGAUAAAAACAGAGCUAGCUACAAUAGGAGUUGAAGGAUUUGCCUUCCAUGAGGAUCUUGAGAAGAAAGAAGUCAAGACAGAGGAUGAAGAAGCAUAUGGAAAGAAGUACUAUCACAAGGAAAUCGAAAAAAAUAUUGGAUGCAAAGAAGAGGAGAUGCACCACGAUCAUCUUGAGCACUUGAGUAAACUUGGUGUUGCCAUUGUUGGCACUUCUGCCAUGGAUAAGCACGUGGAAAAGAACAACUCAGAGCAUGCCUACAACUAUAAGAUGGAAGAGGAGAUAGUUACAACAACUACGACAGGAGCUGAAGGAUUUUCCUUCCAAGAGCAUUAUGACAAAAAAGAAGUAAAGAAAGAAAAUGAAGGAACUAGUUAUAACAACUACAUGAUAAAAGAAGAGCUAGCUACAACAACUAUAGUAGGAGUUGAGGGAUUUGCCUUUCAUGAGGAUCAUGAGAAGAAAGAAGACAAUAAAGAGGAUGAAGAAGCAAAUGGAAAGAAGCAUUGCCAUAAAGAAAGCAAAGAAGCUAUUGGCUAUAAAGAAGAAAAGAUGCACCAGGAUCAUCUUGAGCACUUGAGUAAACUUAGUGUUGGUGUCGCUGGCACUCAUGCCAUGCAUGAUAAGAACGAGGAAAAGAAAGACUCUGAGCAUACCUACAACCUCAAGAUAAAAGAGGAGAUAAUUACAGCAGCUACAGUAGGACUAGAGGGAUCUGUCUUCCAAGAGCAUCAUGAGAAAAAUGAAGCAAAGCGAGAGAAUGAAGGAGCUAGCUACAACACCAACAUGAUUAAAACAGAGCUAGCUACAACAGCUACAGUAGGAGUUGAGGGAUUUGCCUUCCAUAAGGAUCUUAAGAAGAAAGAAGUCAAGACAGAGGAUGAAGAAGCAUGUGGAAAGAAGUACUAUGACAAGGAAAGUGAAAAAGGUAUUGGCUGCAAAGAAGAGGAGAUGCACUGCGAUCAUUUUGAGCACUUGAGUAAACUUGGUGUCGCUAUUGACGGCACUUAUGCCAUGCAUGAUAAGUGCGAGGAGAAGAAAGAUUCAAAGAAUGCCUACAUUCAUAAGAUAAAAGAGGAGAUAGUUACAGUAGCUGCGGUAGGAGCUAAGGGAUCUGCCCUCCAAGAGCAUCAUGAGAAAAAAGAAGUAAAGAAGGAGAAUGAAGGAGCUAGCUACAAUAGCUACAUGAUAAAAAAAGAGCUAGCUACGGUAGGAGUUGAGGGAUUUGCCUUCCAUGAGGAUCUUGAGAAGAAAGAAGUCAAGAAAGAGAAUGAAGAAGCAUAUGGAAAGAAGCACUACCCCAAGGAAAGCAUAGAAGCUAUUGGCUGCAAUGAAGAAGAGAUGCACCACGGUCAUCUUGAGCACUUGAGUAAACUUGGUGUUAGUAUUGCUAACACUUAUGCUAUGUGUGAUAAGCACGAGGAAGAGUUAGACUCAGAGCAUGCCUACAACUACAAAAUAAAAGAGGAGAUAGUUACAACAGCUGCGGUAGGAGUUGAGGGAUAUGCCUUACAAGAGCAUCAUAAGAAAAAAGAACUAAAGAAAGAGAUUGAAGGAGCUAGCUACAACACCUACAUGAUAAAAAAAGAGCUAGCUACAGUAUCUACAAUAGGAGUUGAUGGAUUUACAUUCAAUGAGGAUCUUGAGAAGCAAGAAGUCAAGAAAGAGGAUGAAGAAUCAUAUGGAAAGAAGCACUACCCCAAGGAAAGCGAAGAAGCGAUUGGCUGCAAAGAAGAGGAGAUGCACCACGAUCAACUUGAGCACUUCAGUAAACUCGCUGUUGGUGUGGUGAACACUUAUGCUAUGCAUGAGGAAAAGAAAGACUCAAAGUAUGCUCACAAUUAUAAGAUAAAAGAGGAGAUAGUUACAGCAGCUGCAGUAGGAGCUGAGGGAUCUGCCUUCCAAGAGCAUCAUGAAAAAAAAGAAGUAAAGAAAGAGAAUGAAGGAGCUAGCUACAAUUGCUACAUGAUAAAAAAAGGGCUAGCUACAGUAGGAGUUAAUGGAUUUGCUUUCAAUGAGGAUCUUGAAAAGAAAGAACCCAAGAAAGAGGAUGAAGAAGGAUAUGAAAAGAUGCACUACAACAAGGAAAGCGAAGAAGCUAUUGGCUACAAAGAAGAGAUGCACCACAAUCAACUUAAGCACUACAGUAAACUUGGUGUUGGUGUUGUUGAAACUUAUGCUAUGCGUGAUAAGCACGAGGAAAAGAAAGACUCAGAGCAUACUUACAAUUAUAAGAUAAAUGAGGAGAUAGUUACACUAGCUACGGUAGGAGCUGAGGGGUCUGCCUUCCAAGAGCAUCAUGAGAAAAAAGAAGUAAAGAAAGAGAAUGAAGGAGGUAGCCACAACAACUACAUGAUAAAAAAAGAGCUAGCUACAGCAAGUACAGUAGGAGUUGUGAGAUUUGCCUUCCAUGAGGAUCUUGAAAAGAAAGAAGUCAAGAAAGAGGAUGAAGAAGCCUAUGGAAAGAAGUACUACCAUAACGAAAGCGAAGAAGCUAUUGGCUACAAAGAAGAGGAGAAGCACCAUGAUCAUCUUGAGCACUUGAGUAAACUUAGUGUUGGUGCUGCUGCCACUUAUGCCAUGCACGAGGAAAAGAAAGACUCAAAGCAUGCCUACAACUACAAAAUAAAAGGGGAGAUAGUUACAGUAACUGCGAUAGGAGCUGAGGGAUAUAUCUUCCAAGAGCAUCAUGUGAAAAAUGAAGAAAAGAAAGAGAAUGAAGAAGAUAGCUACAAUAGCUACAUAAUAAAAAAAGAGCUAGCUACAGUAGGAAUUGAUGGAUUUUCCUUCGAUGAGGAUCUUGAGAAGAAAGAAGUCAAGAAAGAUGAUGAAGAAGCGUAUGGAAAGAAGUAUUAUCCAAAGGAAAACGAAGAAGCUAUUGGCUGCAAAGAAGAGGAGAUGCACAACGAUCAACCUGAGCACUUGAGUGAACUUGGUGUUGGUGUUGUUGGAACUUAUGCCGUGCAGGAUAAGCACCGGGAAAAGAACAACUCAGAGCAUGCCUACAACUAUAAGAUAGAAGAGGAGAUAGUUACAGCAACUACGACGGGAGCUGAAGGAUUUUCCUUCCAAGAGCAUCAUGAUAAAAAAGAAGUAAAGAAAGAAAAUGAAGGAGCUAACUAUAACAACUACAUGAUAAAAAAAGAUCAAGCUACAACAACUAUAGUAGGAGUUGAGGGAUUUGCCUUUCACGAGGAUCAUGAGAAGAAAGAAGACAAGAAAGAGGAUGAAGAAGCAAAUGGAAAGAAGCACUGCCAUAAAGAAAGCGAAGAAGCUAUUGGCUAUAAACAAGAAAAGAUGCACCAUGAUCAUCUUGAGCACUUGAGUAAACUUAGUGUUGGUGUUGCUGACACUUAUGCCAUGCAUUAUAAGAACGAGGAAAAGAAAGAUUCCGAGCAUGCCUACAACCUCAAGAUAAAAGAGGAGAUAAUUACAGCAGCUACAGUAGGACUAGAGGGAUCUGCCUUCCAAGGGCAUCGUGAGAAAAAUGAAGCAAAGAGAGAGAAUGAAGGAGCUAUCUACAACACCAACAUGAUUAAAACAGAGCUAGCUACAACAGCUACAGUAGGAGUUGAGAGAUUUGCCUUCCAUGAGGAUCUUAAGAAGAAAGAAGUCAAGACAGAGGAUGAAGCAGCAUAUGGAAAGAAGUACUAUCACAAGGAAAGUGAAAAAGGUAUUGGCUGCAAAGAAGAGGAGAUGCCCCACGAUCAUUUUGAGAACUUGAGUAAACUUGGUGUCGCUAUUGACGACACUUAUGCCAUGCAUGAUAAGUGCGAGGAGAAGAAAGAUUCAAAGAAUGCCUACAUUCAUAAGAUAAAUGAGGAUAUAGUUACAGUAGCUGUGGUAGGAGCUGAGGGAUCUGCCUUCCAAGAGCAUCAUGAGAAAAAAGAAGUAAAGAAGGAGAAUGAAGGAGCUAGCUACAAUAGCUACAUGAUAAAAAAAGAGCUAGCUACAGUAAGAGUUGAGGGAUUUGCCUUCCAUGAGGAUCUUGAGAAGAAAGAAGUCAAGAAAGAGAAUGAAGAAGCAUAUGGAAAGAAGCACUAUCCCAAGAAAAGUAAAGAAGCUAUUGGCUGCAAAGAAAAAGAGAUGCACCACGAUCAUCUUGAGCACUUGAGUAAACUUGGUGUUAGUGUUGCUAACACUUAUGCUAUGCGUGAUAAGCACGAGGAAGAGUUAGACUCAGAGCAUGCCUACAACUACAAGAUAAAAGAGGAGAUAGUUACAACAACUGCGGUACGAGUUGAGGGAUAUGCCUUCCAAGAGCAUCAUGAGAAAAAAGAACUAAAGAAAGAGAUUGAAGGAGCUAGCUACAACACCUACAUGAUAAAAAAAGAGCUAGCUACAAUAGGAGUUGAUGGAUUUACCUUUGAUGAGGAUCUUGAGAAGCAAGAAGUCAAGCAAGAGGAUGAAGAAGCAUAUGGAAAGAAGCACUACCCCAAGGAAAGCGAAGAAGCAAUUGGCUGCAAAGAAGAGGAGAUGCACCACGAUCAACUUGAGCACUUCAGUAAACUUGCUGUUGGUGUUGCGAACACUUAUGCUAUGCAUGAGGAAAACAAAGGCUCAAAGUGUGCCAACAAUUAUAAGAUAAAAGAGGAGAUAGUUACAGUAGCAGGAGCUGAGGGAUCUGCCUUCCAAGAGCAUCAUGAAAAAAUAGAAGUAAAGAAGGAGAAUGAAGGAGCUAGCUACAAUUGCUACAUGAUAAAAAAAGAGCUAGCCUCAGAAGGAGUUAAUGGAUUUGCUUUCAAUGAGGAUCUUGAAAAGAAAGAACUCAAGAAAGAGGAUGAAGAAGCAUAUGGAAAGAUGCACUACCACAAGGAAAGCGAAGAAGCUAUUGGCUACAAAGAAGAGAUGCACUAUAAUCAACUUGAGCACUUCAGUAAACUUGGUGUUGGUGUUGUUGAAACUUAUGCUAUGCAUGAUAAGCACGAGGAAAAGCAAGACUCGAAGCAUACUUACAAUUAUAAAAUAAAAGAGGAGAUAGUUACAGUAGCUACGGUAGGAGCUGAGGGGUCUGCCUUCCAAGAGCAUCAUGAGAAAAAAGAAGUAAAGAAAGAGAAUGAAGGAGGUAGCCACAACAACUACAUGAUAAAAAAAGAGCUAGCUACAGCAAGUACAGUAGGAGUUGUGAGAUUUGCCUUCCGUGAGGAUCUUGAGAAAAAAGAAGUCAAGAAAGAGGAUGAAGAAGCAUAUGGAAAGAAGCACUAUCACAUGGAAAGUGAAGAAACUAUUGGCUAUAAAGAAGAGGAGAUGCACCACGAUCAUCCUGAGCACUUGCCUAAACUAGGUGUUGGUGUUGCUGAUGCUGGUGCUUACUCCUUGUAUGGGAAGCAAGAGGAAAAUAAAGACUUAGAGCGUGCCCACAACCAUAAGGUAAAAGUGGAGAUAGAUGUAGCUGGUGCAAUAGGAGCUGAGGGAUUUGCCUUCCAUGAGCAUCAUGAGAAAAAAGGAGCUAAGAAAGAUGAUGAGCUGUAUAGAGAUAAACAUUAUCACUACUUUUACCACGAUAAAGAACGCAAGAAUGAUGUUUAUUAUAAAAAGGAGAAGCAUCACAAGUAUUUUGAGCACUUGCGUGAACUGGGUGUUGUUGCUGCUGACACUUAUGCCUUGCAUGGGAAUCAUGAGGAAAAAAUUGAUUUAGAGCACGCCCACAGUUACAAGGUAAAUGCAGAGAUAGCUACAACAACUAUGUUAGGAGCUAAAGGAUUUACCUUCCAUGGGCAUCAUGUGAAAAAAGAAGCUAAGAAAGACGAUGAAGUAGAGCACGAAAAUAAGCAGUACCACCACUUUUACCUCCACAAGGAAGGCGAGAAUGUUGUUGAUUAUAAGGAGGAGAAGCACCAGAAGCAUUUUCAGAACUUUGCUAAGCCAGAUGCUGUUGAAGCUGGCGCUUACACCUUGUAUGAGAAGCACAAGGAAAAUAGAGUCUCAGAGAAUUCCUACAGCUACAUGAUAAAAAAGGAGCUAGCUACCGCAGCUGCAAUAGGAACUGAGAGAUUUGCCUUUCAUGAGUAUCAUGGAAAGAAAGAAGUCAAAGAUGAGGAUGAAGCAACUAGAAAGAAGCACCAUAAUAAAGAAAGCGAAGAAGCUAUUGGCUACAAAAAGGUGGAGCAGCACCACAACCAUCUUGAGCACUUAGGCAAACUAGAUGCUGGUGUUACUAGCAUUUACUCCUUGCAUGAUAAGUAUAAGGAAAAUAAAUACUUAGAGUAUGGCCACAACCACAAGAUAAAAGAGGAGAUAGUAACAACAGAUACAGUAGGAGCUAAGGGAUUUGCUUUGCAAGAGCAUCAUGAGAAAAAAGAAAUAAAGAAAGAGGAUGAAGAACUGCAUGAAAAGAAGCACCACCACCUCUUUUACCAUUUCAAGCAGAGCGAGAAAGCUAUUGACUAUAAGGAGGAGGAUAAGCACCACAAUAAUCCCGAGCACUUGGGUGUUGGUGUUACUGUUGCUGGCACUUACUCCUUGUAUGGCAAGCAUGAGGAAUAUGAAGGCUUGGAGCAUGCCCACGGCUCCAAGGUGAAAGCAAAUAUAGCUGUAACAACUAUGGUAGGAGCUGAGCGAUUUGCCUUUGAUGAGUAUAAUGAGAAAAACGGAGCCAAGAAAGAGGAUGAAAUGCAUGGAGAGAAGUAUUAUCGCCACUUUUACCACCACAAUGAAGGCAAGAAUCUUGUUGAUUAUAGAGAGAAGGUGAAGCACCACAAAGAUCUUGAGCACUUGGGCGAGCUGGGUGUUGUUCCUGCCAACACUUAUGCCUUGUAUGAGAAGUAUGAGGCAAAAAAAGAUCAAGAGCAUGCUUAUAGCUACAAGGGAAAAGAGGAGAUAGAUGUUGCAGCUGCUGUUAGAGCUAAGAGAUUUGCCUUCCAUGAGUAUCAUGCGAAAAAAGAAGAUAAAAAAGAGGAUAAAGAAGAAAAACAACACUACCACCUCUUUUACCACUGUAAGGAAAAUGAAGAAGCUAUUGACUACAAGGAGGAGAAGCACCACAAGUAUCUUGAGCACUUGGGUAAACUAGCUGUUGGUAUUCCCAACGCUUACUCAUUGCACACAGAAAAUAAAGACUCAGAGCAUGCCCACAACCACAAGGUAAUAGCGAAAGAUACAACAAAUAUAAUUGGAGCUGAGGGAUUUGCUUUCCAUGCAUAUCAUGAGAACAAAGGAGCCAAGAAAGAGGAUAAAGAGUUGCAUGGAAAGAAUUACUAUCACAACUUUUACUACCAAAAUGAAGGCAAGGAUGUUGAUCACAAAAAGGAGAUGUACCACAAGUAUUUUGAGCACUUGGCAUGAGAAGUACGAGGCAAAAAAAAUACCAAGACCAUGCUUAUAGCUACAAGAGAAAAUAGGAAAUAGCUGCAAUAAUUGUAGCUGGAGCUGAGAGAUUUAUCUUCCAUGAGCAUUAUGAAAGGAAAGAAGGCAGGAAAGAAGAUGAACAAGCUCAUGGAAAGAAGCAUCAUCAUAUCUUUUAACUCUUUUAACUCGAUAUAUAUAUUUGUGUGUGUGUGUUCAUGGAUAAUAAAACAUUGAUCAUUUGGAUCAAGUCUGGUGUGAAAUUAAGCUUUCUAUUGCUUUGUACUUCUCUGUACAAGUUGCAAAUUAAUCAUAUGCUUCUCUUUGUUA